GGGCCGGCGGCCCCCGUCAGCCGCCGUCGCCGCCGCCGGCCCCGCCCCCGGGCACCAUGCUGCCCUCGCAGGAGGCCUCCAAGCUCUACCACGAGCACUACAUGCGGAACUCGCGGGCCAUCGGUGUGCUAUGGGCCAUCUUCACCAUCUGCUUCGCCAUCAUCAACGUGGUGGUCUUCAUCCAGCCCUACUGGGUGGGCGACAGCGUGAGCACCCCCAAGCCUGGCUACUUCGGCCUCUUCCACUACUGUGUGGGCAGCGGGCUGGCGGGCCGCGAGCUCACCUGCCGAGGCUCGUUCACCGACUUCAGCACCAUCCCGUCCGGCGCCUUCAAGGCAGCCGCCUUCUUCGUGCUGCUCUCCAUGGUGCUGAUCCUCGGCUGUAUCACCUGCUUUGCGCUUUUCUUCUUCUGCAACACGGCCACCGUCUACAAGAUCUGCGCCUGGAUGCAGCUUUUGGCAGCUCUGUGCCUCGUGCUGGGCUGCAUGAUCUUUCCCGACGGCUGGGACGCCGAGACGAUCCGGGACAUGUGCGGGGCCAAGACCGGGAAGUACUCCCUGGGGGACUGUUCGGUGCGCUGGGCGUACAUCCUGGCCAUCAUCGGCAUCCUCAACGCCCUCAUCCUCUCCUUCCUCGCCUUCGUGCUGGGCAACCGGCAAACAGACCUGCUGCAGGAGGAGCUCAAGCAGGAGAACAAAGAUUUUGUGGGCUCUACGGUAAGCUCCGUGUUGCGGCCAGGGGGUGAUGUCUCCGGAUGGGGUGUCCUCCCCUGUCCUGUCGCUCACUCACAGGGACCCUGAGGGCCAGGAUCACAGCCCAGGAAUUGACCUGUCCUCAGCUUGUCCCGUUGCCUGCCCUCUCAUCCCUUCAUUCAAGCUCCGAGGGAAGACCCCAUCCAGGACUGACUUCUCACCUGCUACCUGCCUGUAGCUCCCGGCUUUGAAGAGGUUGGGGCUGGGAUGCAGCGUGGGGGAGGGCCUGAUUCUGCUCCUCCCUCAACUGACCUGAGGGAGCUGGAGCGCUGGGCCCUUGGGCUUCUCCCUUCCUCUCUAGCCUGGCCCGGGGCCCCUUCUGAGUCUCCAGGGGAAGAGGCACUGCGGCUCCGGUUCUCCAGGCCCUGUCAGUCUGGAGGGCUCCUGCCUGGCUGCAAUCUUGCCUCCUCUGGUCCCUGCCUCCUGCAGAAACUUAUUCAAGACACUGGCCCAGGGUGGACCGGACUCUUUCCUGUUUCCCCCCCUCUGAUGAUGGUUCCAUCACAUCAUCACAGAGCUCCAGGUGCCACCAGCCUCCUUGGGGCCUCUCUGCCGCCCACGCCAGCCUGUUUUCACCUCUCCCAAAGGAGUCCGAGCUGCACCGAGGGAGAAAGCACAGGGCCUCCCUGUCAGUCGCUGACAGAGGCCCUGGGCAGCCCAGAGCCUGAGGACAGAUGGGCUCAGGAGGCAGUAGGAGGAGGCGCUCUGACUCCUGUCUUGGUGGCGUCUGACCAUGGCAGCUGGGGCUGGAAGGGGCUCAACUUGGAGCUUGCCUGGCCUUCUCCCUGCUGGGAUGUCUCACCAGUGACUGGACCCUUGACCCUGGCCUGUUUUGUACAGCACAGACUUCUUGGCCCUGUUGUCAGGGCUGGGGGUUCGGGAGGGGGGCCCGAGAGUGGGGAAUUAGGGGAUGCGUCCCCCCUCUGCCCCUUCUCAUGCCCCCAACCCAGGCAUCUUCCAAGGGCAGAGACUGUCUUGCCUCUUUGAUACUUUUUCUGCAUAACUUGAACUUGCAGGUCACCUCUGAACAGGGUACCCCCUGUCCCCAUCCCCAGGCCUUGUAACCCUAUCCCCACCUCCACUUCCUCCUCCUUGCCCACCUCUCGCCUUGCGAUAUGCCCAGGGUCUGCAGCCCAAUGGGCAGUGCUUGGAGCUGAGGCAUGAGUGUGUGUGUGUGUGUAUGUGUGUGUGCGCGUGUGAGCGUGUAUGUGUGUGUAUGUGUGGGGCGGGGAGCAGAAGAGGAGUCUUCUCUCUCUCUCCCCUCCCACUGUGGGGGCAUCUCCUUCCCCCUUGUCUGGGGGCAAAUGAGGGAGACUCCAGGUGUUUCCGAACUCCCCUCAUUGCCCGGUGGACCUGGCGGCCGAGCCGUACGGCCUGGGCGUGGAAAGCCCCUUUCAGCCCCCAGUGCAGGCGGUAGGUUGGCUUCCUCUAGUGUGCCUACUUCUGUCCUCGAGUACUGGAGGGAGUACUGGUCCACUGUGUAGCCGGAGUGGGAGGCCUCUGCGGGUUCACUGGGGAAGCUUGUUGUCAUCAUUUCCUAUGUGGGCCUCAGCCAAAGGAGGGGAGAAAAGCAGCGAGUGCCAUGUAUUUGCCAGUCUUGUGUUCAUUUCCAUAGGACUUGGACCUGAGAGGGUUUCCAAGACAGACCCUAGAAAUCCUCUGCACGAGACCCCCAUCUGGACCCUAACUGGAAUCAGAUGCUGGGUCCUGGUAGGACUCCUGAAACCUGGAACUCACCAAGCCCUGACCCUCCACCCUCUUGACUCCCUUGUCUUGAGCAAACACCUUUCCCCUGGUGCUCUGGCCCCGGCCCAGUGCCCCUCUCUCCUCCCCCAGGGUUCUACCUGCAGGAAGGGGCUGUACGCCAAGGGCCCGUGCUGAAGGAGAGGGUCAGGGGAGCCUCAUGGGAGGCAGUGGGGGGGUGGAAGUGAGUUCUCAAAGAUCCAAACCAAAGCCCAGUGUUG